AUGUAUCAAUCACUACUACCUUGUCCCCCCCUUACUCCCCCUUUCUGCCUUCCUUCCUCUCCCUCAACCAUCAAAAUCUCCUCCCACCCUUUUCCACAUUGUCUUCUCUCUCGAUCCCUCCCUGCUCCCCACAACGCGCAUGAGCUCACUGCAGCAAGGCAUGAGCUCACUGCAGCAAGGCGUGAGCUCACUGCAGCAACGCGUGAGCUCACUGCAGCAAGGCGUGAGCUCACUGCAGCAAGGCGUGAGCUCGCUGCAGCAACGCGUGAGCUCGCUGCAGCAAGGCGUGAGCUCACUGCAGCAAGGCUGGAGCUCACUGCAGCAAGGCGUGAGCUCACUGCAGCAAGGCGUGAGCUCACUGCAGCAACGCGUGAGCACAGUGCAGCAAGGCGUGAGCUCACUGCAGCAACGCGUGAGCUCACUGCAGCAACGCGUGAGCUCACUGCAGCAAGGCGUGAGCUCACUGCAGCAAGGCGUGAGCUCACUGCAGCAAGGCGUGAGCUCGCUGCAGCAACGCGUGAGCUCGCUGCAGCAAGGCGUGAGCUCGAUUCAGUAAGGGUUGAGCUCACUGCAGCAACGCGUGAGCUCACUGCAGCAACGCGUGAGCUCACUGCAGCAACGCGUGAGCUCACUGCAGCAACGCGUGAGCUCACUGCAGCAACGCGUGAGCUCACUGCAGCAAGGCAUGAGCUCACUGCAGCAAGGCGUGAGCUCACUGCAGCAAGGCGUGAGCUCACUGCAGCAAGGCGUGAGCUCACUGCAGCAAGGCGUGAGCUCACUGCAGCAAGGCGUGAGCUCACUGCAGCAAGGCGUGAGCUCACUGCAGCAAGGCGUGAGCUCACUGCAGCAAGGCGUAAGCUCACUGCAGCAAGGCGUGAGCUCACUGCAGCAAGGCGUGAGCUCACUGCAGCAACGCGUGAGCUCACUGCAGCAAGGCGUGAGCUCACUGCAGCAAGGCGUGAGCUCACUGCAGCAAGGCGUGAGCUCACUGCAGCAAUGCGUGAGCUCACUGCAGCAAGGAGUGAGCUCACUGCAGCAACGCGCGCCAGCGCGCAAGGCGCCAGCGCGUUAGGCGCCAGCGCGUUAGGCGCCAGCGCGCAAGGCGCGAGCGCGCAAGGCGCCAGCGGCCAAGGCGCGAGCGCGCAAGGCGCCAGCGCCCAAGGCGCCAGCGCGCAAGGCGCCAGCGCGCAAGGCGCCAGCGCGCAAGGCGCCAGCGCGCAAGGCGCCAGCGCGCAAGGCGCCAGCGCGCAAGGCGCCAGCGCGCAAGGCGCCAGCGCCCAAGGCGCCAGCGCGCAAGGCGCCAGCGCGCAAGGCGCCAGCGCGCAAGGCGCCAGCGCGCAAGGCGCCAGCGCGCAAGGCGCCAGCGCGCAAGGCGCCAGCGCGCAAGGCGCCAGCGCGCAAGGCGCCAGCGCGCAAGGCGCCAGCGCCCAAGGCGCCAGCGCGCAAGGCGCCAGCGCGUUAGGCGCCAGCGCGCAAGGCGCCAGCGCGCAAGGCGCGAGCGCGCAAGGCGCGAGCGCGCAAGGCGCCAGCGCGCAAGGCGCCAGCGCGCAAGGCGCCAGCGCCCAAGGCGCCAGCGCGCAAGGCGCCAGCGCCCAAGGCGCCAGCGCGCAAGGCGCCAGCGCGCAAGGCGCCAGCGCGCAGGGCGCCAGCACGCAAGGCGCCAGCGCAAUGCUAAUGAGGAAACCAAUGGGCGCAAUGCUAAAAGGAAACCAAUUGGCACAGAGAAAUUCCGAAGAAAGUAGAAAACUGGAAUUCUCGGAGGGAGGAGGGAGGUAA